CCUAAUCCUGCGAAUUGCAUGUACAAAACUCCUGAGAUUGGUGCAGCUCAAUAUAACAUCAAUCCCAGUCUAAUUCAGAUGGUGAGCAAUUCUGCUUUUGAAGGAGAUAUUGAACGAGAGGAUCCACACCGACAUCUAGAGCGCUUUGUGCAAAUGUGUGGUUCAUUCAGAAUUAAUGGGGUUACUGCAGAUCAGAUUCGUCUCCACAUGUUCCCUUAUUCUAUAAAGGGAAAAGCUUUGGAAUGGUUUCAACAAUUGUCAGAUACUGCUCUAGCUACUUGGGAUAAUCUUUCUACCGAGUUCUUAUCCAAAUAUUAUCCUUCUGAUAAGACUCAGCAAAUGAGAGCUAUUAUUCUUACUUUCAAAGCACAACCGGGUGAAGGCUUGUAUCAGGCAUGGGAGAGAUACAAGGCAUUGUUGAGAAAAUGUCCACAUCAUGGUUAUGAGGAAUGGAUGGUUCUGAGUACUUUCUAUGGAGCUUUGAAUUCUGAUAUUCGGCUGAGUUUGGAUGUUGCAGCUGGAGGAAACUUUAAGAAAGCACCUGUUCAUCAAGCAAAGGCACUUCUCGAGGAAUUGGCCUCAAAUAACUAUGCUUGGGCACCCAGUGGUACAAGCUCGGUGAAAUCAGCACAAGACACCGAGAUGAUGAACUUACUCACUUUGAAAUUGGAUGCUCUUACUCAAGAGGUUUGUGGGCAAAAGGCAAGUGUCAAUGCUAUCUCUUCUCCGAUGGAAGGAUAUUUGGAUCCUAGUGUUAAUCAACACCCUUAUACACAACAGUUUCCAGACGAAGCAUCUUUUAUCCAAGGAAGACAGUCAUGGCCUGUUCAGAAUAAUUCAUAUUACAAUCCAAAUCAAAGGCCCAACAACAAUCUUUCCUACAACAAUAGUCAUGCUGUUAAUCCAUCAUAUGCAGCUCCAAAGCAAAAUCCGCCUCCUGGUUUUCAACCACGUCAGCAGUAUCAAAGUCAACAACAGUUUCAACCUUUACCUAAUAACAAAAAAGAGCCUGCUGAUUGGGAAGUUGCACUCGGCAAGAUGAUACAAGGAACUACUGGGGCUUUUGCUAAUAUCGAGACUAAAUUCAAUAAGGUUGAGUCGAGGAUUGAUCAGAUAGCUUCGUCACAGAAAAUGUUGGAAAUGCAGAUUGGCCAAAUUGCUAAUAAGGUUGGUGCUCGUGAGCAAGGAUCACUGCCUAGUCAACCAGAUGUGAAUGUCAAAGAACACUGCAAGGCUAUCACGUUGAGGAGUGGCAGAGAAUUACCAGAAGUUAGAGCGCCGGGACUAAAUGAUGCAACUCUUCCUCCUAAAAAGAGAAAGUCAUAUCAGAAUACUGUGAAAAUUGCUGAGAAGAGUGAGGAUGAGCCAAAAGAUGAGACUCCACCGAAAGCUCACGUGAAACAAUAUGUGCCUCCAAUCCCUUUCCCACAAAGGUUGACAAAUCGGAAGUUAGAGAAGCAAUAUGAGAAAUUUUUAAAGAUGUUUCGGGAGAUACAUAUUACUAUUCCUUUUGCUGAUGCUUUGGCUCAAAUGCCUCUUUAUGCGAAAUUCAUGAAACAGGUAUUAUCUAAUCGCAAGAAGUUAGAGGCGGUGGAGACCAUCAGUCUUAAUGAAGAGUGUAGUGCGGUUAUACAACGCAAUAUUCCUCCUAAGCUCAAGGAUCCUGGGAGCUUUUCUUUGCCAUGCACUAUUGGGAAAGUCGGAAUAAAAAGAGCAUUGUGUGAUCUUGGAGCUAGUGUGAGUUUGAUGCCAUAUUCUAUCUAUAAAAGACUUGGUUUGGGAGAGCUAAAGAAAACAAGGAUAUCACUUCAACUUGCGGAUCGGACUAUAAAAUACCCACUGGGUGUACUUGAAGAUGUUUUAGUGAAUGUUGAUAAAUUUGUUAUUCCUUGUGAUUUUGUUAUUCUGGAGAUGAAUGAGGAUGUUGAGAUUCCUAUUAUCUUGGGAAGGCCAUUCUUGGCCACUGCUGGAGCAAGUAUUGAUGUGAAGGCUGGCAAGCUUACACUAAACGUGGGUGAAGAAAAAGUGGAGUUUGAUCUAGAUCAAGUUAUGAAGGCACCGACACUUGAAACUGAAAGCUUUGUUGUGGAUAUUGUUGAAGAAGUUCUAAAAGAAGUCACCGGUGAUAUUUGCGAUAAUGAAGCUGAAGCAGGUGGAAACAAUUAUUUGGAAUUCCCAGAAAAUGAUUGGAAGGAGACGGAUUUGACACUUGGGCUAGUUGAGAUGAUUUUGAAAGAGCCACCAUAAAAGAAUGAGGUAAUUACGUCAAGCUAAUGACGUUAAACAAGCGCUUCUUGGGAGGCAACCCAAGGUAUAAUAUAUAUAUUAUAUAAUAUAUUUUGUAAUUUUUAUAGGAUUUUAGAAUUUUUUUUUAUUUUCUUUACUCCCAUGAGAUGCGUUGAUGGGUGUGUUCAGUGUUUCAGGUUAUGAUAUUUGACUGAUAUUUGUUGAAGAAUCAUGGCAUGUUGUGAUAAUGAUAUUGUGCACAAUCAUGCACUCUCUCAUGCACCUAUACUGAGCCUACGCGAGAUUUUUAUUCGAAUUGCAUGGUCAUGCAAUUUGCUGCAUUCUCAUGUCUUUCUCAACCGACCGGAUUUUCACGACCUGGCACGAGCAUGCACUUCUGUGCAUGAUUAUGCAGUCUAUUUUGUGCGUUGCGUCUGGUUUUGCUUCACUUUGCACGGUUAUGCAGUCUGCAGCAUGCUCAUGCAUUCUCAACAUAGCUCUCGACUGGAAUUAUCAUACCUUGCACGAUCAUGCAGUUCUGGAACAUGCUCGUGCAGUCAAUUGUGCUUGCUGCGUGUGAUUUAUGAGGCAUAAGCAUGGUCGUGCAGUUUUGUGCAUGAUCAUGUCCUACCUUCACUUGCUUUUAUGAGUUCUUGCACGUUUAUGUAACAAUCCCCAACCACUUCCACCCUGGUCAUGGAUCACGACACUUCAUGCGUAUGCACACGGGAGUCUUCUUAACUUUUAUUUGUAUAAAUAUUUAUUAUAUUAUAUUAUAUAUUAUUCAUUGAGGACAAUGAACCAUUCAAGUGUGGGGAUGUGUUCUCACGAAUAAUAAUAUUUUUUAAAAAAAAAAAAUAAAAAAAUUGUAUAUUGUCUUGUCUUAAAUUUAGGAAAUUCAUGAUAGUUGCAUUUAAAUUAGAGCAUAUGGUUAUGUAAUUUGACAUGCAUUUUUUUUUUAGUGGAUUUUUUUUUCUUAUUUCUUUUUAGUUUGCAUUUGCAUAAUUCCAUGAAUGUUUGUCGACCAAGUCGAUCAAUUUCCUAUGAUGAGUUUAAUUGCAUAAUUUCUUGGUUAGUAGUCUUGAUCAUAUGUGAUGUCUUGCAUGCUUAGAAAUUGCUUGUGCGGGAACUUGUAAUUACACAAUAACUGUUCUAGAAGCGAGAUUUAGACUAGCUUAUUUCUUGAGUCUUAACGAUGAGCCGAGCGUAGAAUUUUGACUAUUCCCUUUUGAGCUUAGAGUCUAUAAUUCUUAAGUGAGGGGGAGCUUUUGGAUAUACAUGCCUUUCAAAAAAAAAAUAGAGAGAGAAAAUAGAUACAUGUAUUAGCAAUAAAGUUCACGAAAAAAAAAAUGGUGGUAUAAUUGACUAGGUUGGGCUCAUUAAUACUCGAGUAACUAAGUCUGAAGGGACUUUGUGCCUAGUAACCUAAAGCCUUUCAUGGUUUGGGAUUACUGACCCAACACUCGCUAAAUGGGUAUUAGUGCAUAAAUCUUUUGGGAUCUCAACCAUCGCACGGUCAAAUAAGCCACCUAAACCGCAUGUGAACAAUUUGGUUGGUGAAGUCUUAUGGUGGUCGUAACUCAUUUACACUGAGAAGCGUCCUGACCUUAGACCGAGCAUGUACACACCAAAUAAUAGAUAUUGAAAAAAAAAAAGAAAAAGAGAAAAAAAAGAGAAGCAUAUAUAGGAGAGGCAUGGAAGUUCCUUGGUGACCCUAAACUGUAGUUGGCUCUAAUGUAACAAAGUGUUUAAGCAUUAUUCUGAUUAACGACUCAUGGUUAAGAUUCUGUUGAACUUUGUUGGUCUCUAUUUCGUUUCAUUAGAGAGCAUGUUGAGCACACACGAUGCACUCCGUACUUGCAGUGAAAGAGUUGCAUGACUAAUAUGUGUGAUAGAUGAAAUCCUUGAUUGUUGCAUAUUCUGAGGAUUAUAUGUUGACAAGGUUGAUAAUUUCAUGAUUGGGAUCUAUGCAUAUUCAGUUAGUCUGCAUUCAUAUUAGUUGCAUUCUUAAGACUUGGCAAAGAAAAAAAAAAUGAAUUUUGUGGGUACAUUCACUAUAGGCCCUCACGAGACCUUACUCGUCCACUAGGGCUGCCUAGGGGUUUAAAGGGCUUGUUGCAUAUGCCAAAUGCAACCGUGAUCACCUACGGAAGUGGUAUAUAUCUAUUAGGUGUUAGUUUUAUUUAUUUUAUUUGCCCGAGGACGUGCAAAACACUAAGUGUGGGGAUAUUUGAUAGAGCAUAUAUUUAUAUAUGUUUAUAUAUGAUUUUAUUCCCAUAAUUUUAGUAUUUUGUAAAUAAUCGGGUUAUUACUGAUUGAUUUUAAGUGUUUAAUGGCAGGAAAAUAAAUAUUCCUAAAGUUGGAUUAAAUCAAGCUUAAUUGGGCUUAAUCAGGUGAAAAUUCGGAUUUUACGGGCUACCUGCACAACAAACUUGUUUGGGCCAUAACUUGAGCUCUGGACGUCAGAAUUGGGCGAUUCAACAGCCCACGCGAAGAUAUCGAAAUUGUCUACAAGUUUAAAGUGGUCCAGCUCUCUAAAGACAAAUGGAUCAGCCCAGAAUCAGGCCUGAAAGUCAGCCUACGAAUUUCUUUUCAGAAUCCAACUUGUUUUAGGAAAUUUGAUUUGUUUUUCAAGGAAACCAUUAAAACACUAUUAUUAUUAGGGUUUUGUAUUAUUAGAAAGAUAUCGAAUAGUGGGUAUUGAGAGAUAGAGGUAAAGAAAGCUUUGGGAGAUAACUCGAGAAAAGAUUGAAGGGAUUCAGUCCAAAUUCGAGAGAUUUCGUCAAGUUGUAUUUUCUUCACUCUUGUACUCUUUUGACAUGAUUUCAGUAAUAUAUAUAUUCGUGUUUUAUUUAA